UUCGGUUUGCUGACUACCAAAGAACCAGACGGAACGCUGGUCUCAAAGUUGAUCCUCCUCAAAAAAUUAGAUCGGGAGCAGAAAGACAAGUACUUUCUCAUCCUCACUGCUUGUGAUCCGGACAAUUCGGACACGGUCAACAUUGUGGUGCAGGUGCAGGACUCGAACGACAACAAACCUCGAUUCGAGAGGGACAGCUAUGAAGUGGACAUCCCUGAAAAUUCACCGCCAGGAACUCACGUCCUUCAAGUUAAGGCUACUGAUGCUGACCUUGGAAUCAAUGCCAAGGUUCGUUAUGGAUUGACCGCGCAGUCCCACUUGAUGUAUGGGCACAUAUUCAAGAUGGAUAGGGAAUCAGGAAUCCUGUACGUCGUCGGAUUGGUUGACAGAGAAACAAGUCCAGUGUAUCAACUCGGAGUUACUGCUGAAGAUAUGGGUUGUCCGUCGAGAACAACUCGAAAGCAGUUAAUCGUCAAUUUAUCCGACGAUAACGAUAACAGUCCCAAGUUCAACAAAUCAACGUACGCCAUUCGAAUAGUUGAAAACACACCAGCCCCCACCAAAGUUCUGCUUCAUGUCACAGCCACCGAUUUGGACGACGGAGCGAACGGAGAUGUGCGCUAUCGCAUCGAC